AAACAAUACAUUGAAAACGGAUGGCCACAAAACAAAAGUAAAGUACCAGACAACAUCAAAAAGUAUUAUAACUUCAAGCAAGGGCGGAUUCAGGGGGGGGGCACGGGGGCACGUGCCCCCUCCCAGAACUUCCAGAAUAAUUACGUAAUUACGUUAGAAUAAUAAGAAUAAAACGCGUGGGCGGAGGUUGGUCCAGCGUCUAGCCGUCAGACUGACGCGUCAGAUAACCGUACCAGUUUACAGCGAUUGUGCCCUUGUCUUGUGCUCUGUGUACUAUAAAUAAACUUUAUUUUGUAGUUCAGUGAUUGUAGUGAAGACGUGAAGUGAUACUAUAAUGAGUGACGAAAACAAAAAAAGACAGAUGAGCAUAACAUGUUUCUUUACAAAAAAACGAAAAAUUGACGAUGUAGAGAAUGAAAGCUCUGAUGAAACCCUUCGGCCCACGCAACCUGAAGAGUCAACUGGUGUUGGUGUUGCUUCAGCAUCCUCGCUGGCCGCAACUACAUCAGCCUCUAUUAGUUACAUGUUUCAAGAACGUGAUAUAGGUAAACUACUUAGCAACCAGGACAGUUCAAACGUUCUUACAGAUGAAGAAAAAUACCAGUGGUUGAAAAAUGCUUGGCAACCUACAACAGACUUUAAAUUUCCAUUGGUUCGCGAGGGCAAAAAAAACCGGUCUUUUCAAAUGAGCUGGUUAAAGGGACAUGAAUGGCUAUCAUACAGCAAAAUUGCUGGUGGCGGACUCUGCAAAGUGUGCAUUAUUUUUGGACGGCGUGAAGCGGGCACAAAUGAUGUGAAGCUAGGGAAGUUGGUGACGGAACCACUGAAAACAUAUAAAAAAGCCAUUGAAACAAUCACACACCACGAGAACACGAAAUACCACCAAGCUAAUAUGGUAAUAUCUCAAAAUUUCUUGAUGGUGAUGGAAGGAAAGUCAAUGGACGUUGUUGUCCAAAUGAGAUCUCAGGAAAGAAAAAUUAUUGAAGAGAAUCGUAAAAACUCAUACCCAUUAUAAAAACAGUCAUAUUAUGUGGAAUGCAAAACAUACCAUUAAGAGGACAUAGGGAUGACGGUGAUUUAGAAUCGGAAAGUUCUUCUGGAGAAGGCAACUUUAGAGCAUUGUUGAAAUUCCGAAUCGAUGCUGGAGAUGAGAUACUGCUCGAUCACGUAAAAAAUUGUGCGAAAAAUGCUUCCUACAUUAGCAAGUCGACACAAAAUGAUUUGAUAGAUAGCUGUGGGGAAUUAAUCAGAAACAAAAUAGUAAACAAAAUAAAAAAAUCUAAAUAUUUUACUAUUAUAGCUGAUGAGACCACAGAUGUUUCUAUUAGUGAGCAACUGUCCAUUUGUAUUCGCUAUUUCGAUGUAGUUACAUGUGAAAUCCAAGAAGACUUUCUUAAGUUUGUCGAAGUUGUGCAUCUUACUGGUGAAAACAUUGCUCAGCAUAUUUUACAGGCGUUGGAAAACCUGAACCUAGAUAUUACAUUGUGCCGGGGUCAAGCAUACGAUGGAGGAGCCAAUAUGAGCGGUAAAAUAAAAGGUGUUCAGGCAUGUGUAUCCAAUGUUGAGCCUUUAGCUUUUUAUACCCAUUGUGCAAGCCACCGGCUCAACUUGGCCAUCAGUACAGCCUGCACCGUACCUAGCAUAAGAAAUGCUGUGGGGGUUAUUUCAACCGUAGCAACCUUUUUCCGUGAGUCAGCUGGACGAAUACAUCUCCUCAAAGAAGAAAUGCAAGCUCAUCUGCCCAAGGAAAAACAAAAUACUUUAAAGAAAAUGUGUGAGACCAGAUGGGUGGAAAGACAUGAAGCGGUUUUGACAUUUUUGGACAUCUUGCCGUGUCUUCCUGUAAUUUUGCAAAAAAUGGCCGAUAAAGGGGACAAACGUGCUGCAACUGCAUUUUCGCUGCUUCAUGCCAUAACUUCGUCGGAAUUUCUUGUAAGCUUGGUCAUUCUCGCUGAUAUUUUGGGAAUCACACUCCCUUUAUCUCGAUCAUUACAAGCCACUGAAAUUGACAUACUUUCUGCAAUGAAGCUUCUCGAUACGACCACAGCCAGUCUCCAAACGAAGCGUGAAACUAACACGGAUGCAUUUAAAAAACUUUUCAAUCAGGUUGAGGGCCUGGCAAAUGAAAUUGGGACAGAAAUCACGGUCCGCAGAGUAACCAACCGCCAAACAAACAGACCCAACAUCCAGACUCAAUCUGUUGAAGAGUAUUACCGAGUAUCGGUGUACAUUCCUUUUCUGGAUUAUUUGUUAAAAGAAAUGUCCUCUAGAUUCCCUAGAACUCAGUUGCAAAGAAUCGGACAAUUACAAAAGUUGCUGUCGCAUAACUUCAGUGACGAAGAUGUAGAUGAUGUUUUGCAAGGUGCCGAACUGUACAAAGGUGACCUUCCUUGUUUUUUAGCUUUGAAGGGAGAGCUACAAAUUUGGCAACACAUGAGAGAAAAUCUUCCAAAUUCUCCAGCAGAGGCCUAUAAAAGAGCAAUGGCGCUGCCAAAUAUUAGGACCCUGUGUCAAUUGUUGUGCACGUUUCCUGUGACAACAAGCACUGCCGAGCGAUCUUUCUCCACCUUACGCAGACUGAAGACAUAUCUUCGGAGCAGAAUGACCGAAGAUCGUUUGAAUGGAUUGGCUUUAAUGCAAAUCCAUCAAGACAUUGCAUCCACGAUGAACGCUGAAGAAGUCCUUGAUAUCUUCAGCAGAAAACAUAAAAGGAAACUGUCAUUAAGUUACAUGUAAUUAUAUUUCUAUUAAGUAUUGUA